AUGCCUAUCAUGCAUCUAGGCGUAUAUGGGAUGAAGAGAUUUCAAGAUAGGGAUCCCCAGAGGCUCUACAACCACGGACGGAAGAUUGCGGGUCUUGCGCAGUCUGACGAGCCGUGGUUCCAGGAUAUACUAGCAGCUUCUGACCUGAGGGACCUCUGUCAAGUGGACUACAUGACGAUACAUAAUGGGAUGCUAAUGGCAUUUGCGGAGAGAUGGCAUCCAGAGACUUUCUCAUUUCAUCUUCCUCACGGCGAGAUUACCAUCACUCUAGAUGAUGUGGCAUGCCUCCUGCAUCUACUUAUCAAAGGUACCAUCCUUGGUCACAGUAAACUGACGAAGGAGGAAGCGAUGGAGAUGCUGAUUGCUGAGCUAGGAUGCGAUUCAGAUAACGCACUUGAGGAGGUGGAGAGGACCCGAGAGGCGCAUGUGAGGUUUCACACCUUGCAGAGGUUAUAUGACACAGAGCUUCUUGCGGCACAUUAG